AUGGCCACGCCGGCCGGCGCUGCUGGAGCCUCCGCUCCGGCCGAUGCCGCAACCGGGACCGCCAACGCUCCCUCUGGGGCUGCUGCCGCUGCCGCUCCCUCCGACCCUACACAGGAGCCUAAGACGGGCUUCUUCAAGCUCAACCCAAAGACCGUCGCGACCUUUCGCAACUUUUUUAAAAUCUUCAGCUAUGGUACCACACUUGACAAGCUCAUCAUCAUAGGGUCAUGUAUUGGUGCCCUUGGUGCUGGUCUGACCAUGCCGGUGAUGAACAUUGUCUUUGGACAACUUGUCGGCACCUUCACAGGGUUCUUCAUGCAAGGCACUUCCGAGACACAGGAGCAAUUCAACCAAGCCGUCAACCAGGGCGUCUUGUACAUAGUGUAUCUGUUCAUCGCCAGACUGAUACUCACUUAUCUCUCAAAUAUGGGCUUUCGAAUGACGAGUCUUCGCAUCUCGGCAAAGAUUCGCCUGAUGUACCUGGACCGCCUGUUCGGCCUCCCCAUCUCGACGCUCGACAUGCUGCCGCCGGGCCAGACGGCUGCCAUCAUCACCAUCACUGCCAGUAUCCUACAGCUGGGAAUCUCCGAGAAGAUGGGCCAGUUCUUCUCCAGUCUUGCGGUCGUCAUCGCCGGCUUCGCCAUCGCUUUUGCUUACAACUGGCUCCUUACGCUGACGACGAGCUCCGGCCUUGUCUUCAUCGCCAUCGUCUAUACCAUCACCACACCGCCCAUCAUCAAGAAGCUCAAGGACGUCCAGGAUAUGGACAUUGCCGCCGCUUCCGUCGCCACUGAGGCCUUUAGCGCUAUCCGCAUGCUGGCCGCGUGCGGCGCUGAGUUCAAGAUGAUUGCCAAGUAUGGGCUCCUGGCCGAUCAAUCGAGGAAGAAGGGAGCCGGCAUGGCCUGGCUGGUGGCGAUCCAACAGGGCCUUAUCUUCUUCGCCAUAUACGCAACAUUUGCCCUGUCGUUCUGGUAUGCCUUCAAGAUGUACAACAUGAUGGCGCUGACAACCCCGACAUCCUUGAUCGUCGUUCUCUUGUGCAUCAUGAUGAUGGCGUCUUCCCUGGGCCAGAUCACUGCGCCCCUACAAGCCGCAUCCCAGGCGGCCGACGCCAACGCCAUCUUCCACACCAUAAUCGACGCCCCGCAGCAAGUAUACGGAACACUCAAGGGACCUGAGGUCUCUGCAGCAGAGGACAUCACCUUCCAGGCCGUCAACUUCGUAUACCCCAAGCGCCCGGACGUCAAGAUCCUUGACAACCUCUUCAUCACCUUCCCCGCCGAUAAGGUUACUGCUAUCGUGGGUCCUUCGGGCUCCGGCAAGAGUACCAUCGUCGGCAUUCUGGAGAGGUGGUACGAGUUCAACGGCAACAUGGAGACGAAUCAGCUGGUCUUGUUCCUCAGAAAUGGUAUCAUUAAAGUAGGCGAUCGGCUCCUGAGCGAUAUUGAUCCCAAGUGGUGGCGCAGUCAGAUCGGCUUAGUCCAGCAGGACAACGCCCUCUUCAACACUACGAUUUACCAGAAUGUGGAAUACGGCCUCAUCGGUACCGAGUGGGAGUUCCAGUCCCAAGCGGUCAAGGCCCGGUUGAUAGAAGCCGCGUGCAAGGAUUCGUUUGCGGACGAGUUCAUCUCCCGUCUGCCCGAGGGCUAUCAAACGGAAGUCGGCGACGCCGGUAUCAAGCUCUCCGGAGGUCAACGCCAGCGCCUGGCCAUCGCUCGCGCCAUCGUCAAGCAGCCCAAGAUCCUGAUCUUGGACGAGGCAACCUCGGCCAUCGAUGUCCGCAGCGAGCAGAUCGUUCAGGCUGCACUCGACAGGGCCUGCAAGGGCCGGACCACCAUCAUCAUCGCCCACCGCCUCGGCACCAUCCGCAAGGCCGACAACAUCGUCCUCCUCCGCAAAGGCCAGGUCGUCCAGCAGGGCACGCACGAUGACCUCAUGGCUCAGGUUGACGGUCCUUACCACCUUCUGGCCACGGCACAGAAGCUUGACAUGGGUGCCGACGACGAGGAGGACGUCCUCUUCGGCGACCUAAGCUGGCGGCGGCCCGAGCCCGAGGCGAUGUACGGCAGAGGGUCGCUCCAGGGCGGCAGCAGCACCGGCGACCUCACCGAGAAGCGGGCCAGUAGCGAUGGCACGUCCGCGGGCAUGCUGCGGAACUUCCACGAGAUUGAUGCCUCCGACGAUGAGUACGAGCGCGUCGAGGCCGGCACGCUGCGGGUCGUCAAGGAGCCUAGGGCCUGCCUCGGACGGUGGAAGGCCUUGCACUUUUUCGGUAGCUUCGGCCAGCUCCUUGGCGAGCAGAAGAAGCGGUGGAAGACAUACAUCGUCAUUGCCCUCGCCGCACUCGGCGCUGGAGCGAGCACCCCCGUACAGGCCUAUUUGUUUGCCGUCUUGGUCUCUCUCUUCUCCUAUUGGGGAAGCUUCCUGCAAGUCAUUGCCAACCAUUGGUGCGAGAUGUUCAUGUAUCUUGCCACGGGAGUUGGUGUGAGCCAUUUCUUUCUUGGCUGGGCCACGACCACCAUCGGCUUCGGCAUUGUUCGCAUAUACCGAAAGGAGUGUUUCCGCAACAUCGUGUACAAGCCCUCCGCCUUCUUCGACGGCGAGGGUAACUCGGCCGGAUCCCUGACGGCCCGCCUGGCCACCGACCCCACGAUGCUGCAGCAGCUCCUCGGCACCAACAUGGCAUUCGUACUUAUCUCGCUCUUCAACGUCAUAGGGUGCAUCGCUGUCGGCCUCGUUUUUGGCUGGAAGCUGACGCUCGUGGCGCUCGGCACGUCGAUGCCCAUAAUCGUGGCCGCCAUGUUCUACCGCGUGAGGCACGAGACGAGCUUCGAGGAGGCCAACAACGCCGUCUUCGCCGAGAGCGCGAAGUUCGCCUCCGAGAGCAUCAGCGCCAUCCGCACCGUCUCCAGCCUGACAAUGGAGGACGGCAUCUGCCAGCGGUACGACGCCCUGCUCAAUAAUCACAUCAAGGACGCCUUCCGCAAGUCGCGCUUCUCGGUCAUGGUAUUCUCGUUCAGCGACAGCAUCUCCCUGCUUUGCAUGGCUUUUGUCCUUUGGUAUGGUGGCAAGCUACUCUCAAGCCAUGAAUACACGCCCUUCCAGUACAUGGUCGUCUACAUAGCCGUUGUUCAGGGCGGUAUGAGCGCUGGCCAGUGGCUCAGCUUCGGUCCUAAUAUCGCCAAAGCGAAGACCGCCGCCGACCGUAUCUUGGCUCUGAGAGAAAAUGAAGACGAAGACCAAUUCUCAAAGGGGGUCAGCGACAUGAUCCCCUACGAGGUCCACUACGAGAAGGGUGUCGAGAUCGAGUUCAAGGAUGUCUGGUUCAGUUACCCGACCAGGACGCUCCCCGUCCUCAAGGGCUUGGACAUCAGGAUCGAGCGUGGCCAGUUCGCCGCCAUCGUCGGACCCUCAGGCUCAGGGAAGACGACCGUUAUAUCCCUCCUCGAGCGCUUCUAUCACCUCCAGGCCGGCGGAGAGAUCCUUUAUAACGGCCAUGACAUCAAGACGCUCGAUCUCGGCCACUACCGCAAGAACAUCUCGCUCGUCUCCCAGGAGCCCAACCUGUUCACCGGCACGAUCCGCGAGAACAUCCUGCUGGGCAUGGAAGACGAGGCCUCCGUCUCGGACGAGGCCGUCCACGCCGCUGCCCGUGACGCCGGCAUUCACGAUUUCAUCGCCUCCCUACCCGAAGGCUACAACACCCAGGUCGGCAACGCUGGCGUCACACUUUCGGGCGGCCAGAAGCAGCGCGUGUCUAUCGCGCGCGCCCUCAUCCGCCGCCCCUCGCUACUCCUGCUCGACGAGGCCACGAGUGCUCUCGACAGUGAGACGGAGCGCGGCGUCCAGGCAGUCUUCGACGCUACCAAGGGCAGCCGGACGAUGAUCAUGGUCGCCCACCGCUUGGCGACGGUGCAGAAUGCCGACAUCAUCUUCGUUAUGGCCGACGGCAAGGUCGUGGAGAGGGGCGACCACGCGACUCUGAUUGCCGAGAGAGGAGUCUACUUCCAAAUGUGUCAAUCGCAAGCGUUGGACAAGUAA